CCCUUCCAAACGCUUGUUGAAUAGGAAUGACAAGGAAACAUGACAACCGCUAAAGAUGAAUCUCAUAUACUGUUAUAACCGCGCGUGUUCGCAUCACCGCGCCAUUUGAAUGCCGCUCCACCGCUGUACAUCUGACCGGAGCCACGGGGAAAGCCGCUUGGGACCCAGCCAAAAAUUACAACUGAAAGGAGAAACCCAGCCCUGCUUCGAUUACGCACCGAGAGAGGGAGCACGCUUAUAGUGACAGCGGCACUUCAACAACUAAACUCAUCGGUGAUCAACCGUGCGAUACUUGAUCCGUUUUCUGCCGUGCAGCCUCAAAGGAUGUAGACCUCGGCCUGCUGUCUCUGACAUGUUCGUUUUAACCGGACUAGUCGCCAGUGGCUCGACAACGCUGUGUUUGAACAGGCAAUGCCUUCCUCACGCGUUUUGUGGCGCAAACUACAACAACCACACGCGUGUGCCAGCGAUUCGUUGUUUUGCUUGUCUAUACGUGUGUUGAUCGUUUAAAAUGCCUAGGUUUUGAUUUAAAUACUUUUAUACGGACGGAAAAUAGCGUAUUCGGCUGGGAGGAGCAAUAAGGAGCUCUAUCUACUCUUCGGCUUCCACGGCAAUACCACGGAGGGGUUUUUUGAUGGAGCUGGAGAAUAUUGUUGCAAACACGGUACUCCUGAAGGCAAGAGAGGGUGGAGGAGGAAAACGGAAAGGAAGAAGUAAAAAAUGGAGGGAGAUCCUUCGUUUCCCUCAUAUCAGUCAGUGCACAGAGUUGAGCAAAACCAUUGAGCGGGACUAUUUCAGCCUGUGUGACAAGCAGCCCAUCGGGAGACUUCUGUUCCGCCUCUACUGUGAGACCCGACCAGAGCUGCAGCGAUGCAUCCAACUCCUGGACUCUAUGGAGGACUACGAGGUGGCACCUGAUGAGAAGAGGAAGAGUCGCGGAGAUGAGAUCAUCAAGAAGUUUCUCACCAAAGCUCUUCAUGACUACUUAAGUGGUGCUCCUUUUGCUGACUAUCAGAACAGCAUGUACUUCGACCGUUUCCUCCAAUGGAAAAUGCUAGAAAGACAAUCCAUCACAAAAGACACGUUUCGGCAGUAUAGAGUUCUGGGGAAAGGAGGCUUUGGAGAGGUGUGUGCGUGCCAGGUGAGAGCCACGGGAAAAAUGUAUGCCUGUAAAAAGCUGGAGAAGAAAAGGAUAAAGAAGAGGAAGGGGGAGGCCAUGGCUGGCAAUGAGAAACAGAUUCUGGAGAAGGUCAACAGCAGGUUUGUGGUUAGUUUAGCGUACGCGUAUGAGACCAAAGAUGCCCUGUGUCUGGUGCUGACCAUAAUGAACGGUGGUGAUCUGAAGUUUCACAUCUAUAACAUGGGAACCCCAGGCUUCGAGAAGGAGCGUGUGCAGUUCUACGCCGCUGAGAUCUGCUGCGGUCUCAAGCACCUCCACAGAGAGUCUAUCGUCUACAGGGAUUUAAAACCAGAGAAUAUACUAUUAGAUGAUAAUGGUCACAUCCGGAUCUCAGAUCUGGGGCUGGCCAUUAAAGUGCCUGAUGGAGAACAGAUCCGUGGCCGAGUGGGGACCGUGGGCUACAUGGCUCCAGAGGUGAUCAAUAACGAGCGGUAUAGCAUGAGUCCAGACUGGUGGGGAUUGGGUUGUCUGAUCUAUGAGAUGACCGCCGGCCGAUCGCCUUUCCGCGCUCGCAAAGAGCGAGUGAAGAGGGAAGAGGUGGAGAAGAGGGUGCAGGAGGAAGAGGAGGAGUACAGUGACAAGUUUUCAGAAGACACCAAAGGCAUCUGCAGGAUGCUGUUAGCCAAAGAUCCCAAGCAGAGGCUCGGCUGCCAGGCGGACGGAGCUGCUGGAGUUAAAGCCCACCCUUUCUUCAAGAACAUAAACUUCAAGAGGCUGGAGGCCGGCAUUCUGGAACCUUCCUUUGUGCCUGAUCCCAGGGCGGUCUACUGUAAAGAUGUUCUGGACAUUGAGCAGUUCUCCACCGUUAAGGGUGUCAACCUGGACCAAACAGACAAUGAUUUCUACUCCAAGUUUACCACUGGCAGUGUCUCUAUCCCAUGGCAAAACGAGAUGAUCGAGACGGAGUGCUUCAGUGACCUUAACGUAUUCGGGCCUCAGGGAACGCGGCCCCCUGACCUGGAUUGGAACCAGCCUCCUGAGCCUCCUCGGCGUAGCCUGCUGGACAGGAUCUUUAGGAGACAUCAUCCAGAGGUGACCAUCGCUCAAAGCCGGGUCUCGUCUUCCAGCGUCAACUCUGUUGACUCCAUGUCAAACUCUGCCCCCUAGUGAACAGACUGCUUGCUGCGGGACUACAGGGAACAAAAGCGAGUGAGCGAUAAAGAGAGGAAAGAAUGAGAGUGAGGAACUCCUCCUGCCCUUUAAAGACCGGUCGACAGAACGUGAAAGAGCGUUUUCCUUGCCUUGGCCCGCACUAUCCAUCCACGGCCCGCUGAGAGGACAGGAGACAAAACAAGCUCCCGUUUAAAGACCUUUAUUUAUCCGUUUUGUGACAGAAAGGAGAACAUUUAUUCCUUCACCUCACGCUCCCUCAGGAUUGCUGGAACAGUAAAGAGCCACUGACAAUGACAGAAUAUUAACUCAUAUUAUUCAGGGGAUUUUAUCGACAAAGAAAGGCCUCCACAGGGAAUGGGAAGGGGGCUUUUUAAAUGUUCUUUUGCAAAGGAAAGCUAAUAUAGUGAACUUAAGAGACUACACACGCACUCACAAACACACACACUCUCUCGUUUCCUCCUCCAUCCCUCUCGCAAUACCUACCUACCCCUUUUUCUUUCCAUCUACACGUAACACCUCCAACCUCAACCUAAAAUGUGCAUUGCCUUGCAAACUCUCAGGCCAAAGAUAGAGCUUAUUACAAGAAGACACGUAUUUGAGUAGCUGUUGCCAUAUUUCGCUUCAGAGAGUGACGAAAGGCCUAAAAGUACAAGGAAAUAGGAGCUCGGUGAAGCUGUACAUUGUUUCCUCUCUAUUUAAAUUCCAAAUUAUGUAAUAUCAUUGAAAAACAAACUCACUUUGGCAAUUUCAGCCUCUUCCAGUCCACUUAGUUCACCCAAACAUGUACAUUUGUCAUGAUUUACUCAUCCCCAUCUCUGUCCGAACCUGUAUUGACUUUCCUUUUUCUGGUGAACAUAAAAGAAGAUAUUUUGCAGAAUGUUGGUUUCAAUUCCCAUUG